AUGGUCUUAGAAAACCAAAUUGAUCUGAAAAAUUAUCUUAAGCUAUUGAGUAAACUACCUACUUGGAAUCCAUUUGCAAAGACUAUUGUUUUGUAUGAAAAACAAAAAAAUGAGGUUAGUGAAACCCUGGCUAAGACGUUUAUUAACGAACUGCAUGCGCUGAAGUUGCUGAGAGUAAUUGUACUCCUAUAUUCAGCGCUAGAUGACGAAAUUAUUUCUUACUCUUGGAAUCCAUAUAGCGAAACAAAUUGCGGUGGCAAAUGUGAAUCAGUAUAUAUUUUAGACAGAUGUAAAGAUAAUCUAAUAAGUCAGAUAGAAGUUCAAAAGGAAAUGUUUCCAUUAGACUUGAGAGGUUGCCCUUUAUUAACAUACGUCGUUAUCUCAGAGCCAUACGUGAUGCCUCCGGUGCGGAAACUAACAAGUGAAUUAUGGAACGACGCCUACGAAUUCCAAAAAGGCGGUGAGAUAAAUUUGGGAGUACGGCAGGCAGCUUAUGAGAGGAAUUUUGCGGUGGUUUCUUCGCGAAGACAAGCUAUGUAUAAGGAUCAGGUUUUAGGUAGAGGUGAGUCAUUGAUUUACUGUUUUGCUGAAAGCGAUAACCUUUAUAAGUACGGUGUUGUCCUUUUAGCUCGAAAUUGGUAUCCUUUGUUGGACCGAUUCAAUAAUAUAAUACGAAGUGUUUCUGAGAAUGGUUUGAUAGAAAAGUGGAGUGAAGAGUUGUUUAACCGUCCGAGACGUCCCGAAAGGAUGAGUUCUAUUGUACCGCUAGGUAUGCAACAUUUACUUGGAGCUUUCUUCCUAGUUGGAGUGCUUGAUCUAAUAUGCAUCGUUGUGUUUAUAGGAGAAUUAGUAUUUUCUUGUGUACAGAAGGGAACAUUUUCAAUUUAUUCCCUUUAG